UCACUCAAAUUGUGCAACUGCUUAAAAUAUUUCCUUGCCACUGCGUGUAGUCCUUAGAGCCAUUAGUCUUCCGUUUGGAAGGGAAGAGUUGAAUAGAGUAGCCAGAUUUCAAUGUGGAGAUUCAGUCCAGCCUACGGCAGUCGUGCACACACUUUUAUGGAGUUCAUCAUUGACAGUGGAGAUUGGUGUCAGGCACAACACGAGUGAGGAAUUGGCGAGUUUAAUGUGAAUGGGUUGACCCAAUUCACUUUCGAUAACAGUAAGGAAACGGCGAGUUUUAUUGAAACUUGGCGGAAUUGAAAAAUUUGUUAGUAACAGAAUUAAAUGACAGACAUGAAAAUGCCUUCUGGAACCCGAGUACUUAACAACCAAGGGAGAUCCUUACACGGACCCGGCCCUGUCGUUGUGGAGCAUAAGCACAUGAAGUUUUUGAUCACCGAUCGUCCCACUGAUGCGACCUUGCCUCGGUAUAUAGAGGAUCUUAAGAGGUACGAUGCCCACGUUGUAGUGCGGGUGUGCGAACCGACAUACAACAUCGAACAGUUGAAGAAGCAAGGAAUCGAUGUUCUGGACUGGGCUUUUGAUGAUGGUGCAGCCCCACCUAAAGAAGUAGUAGAUGGGUGGCUUCAGUUGCUUAAGAAAAAGUUUAAAGAAAAGCCAGGAUCGUGCAUUGCAGUGCAUUGUGUCGCUGGACUGGGCAGAGCACCAGUCCUUGUAGCUUUAGCUCUUAUUGAAAGUGGAAUGAAAUAUGAAGAUGCUGUGGAAUUUAUCAGGAGACGAAGAAGAGGGGCCAUUAAUGCAAAACAGCUCAACUAUCUGGAACAGUACAAGCCUUCCAAACUACUGAAAGAGAAAGGAAGUGCCAAUUGUUGCAUUCAGUAAGGCAAAGGCACAGCAUUCGUGAUGGAAUCGAACAUUUUAUUGAGUUAAUGAUCAGGUUUCAGGAAAAUUCAUUUUAGGUGCUUGAAUAUAAAUUUCCAAAGAAGCUGUAGCUAGGUUCAAAAAUUACAAUUCUUGAUAUUUUAGUCUGACUGGCAAAAAUUUUAAUGGCAGCUAGGACAAUGAAGGUUAUGAAAUAUGUAAAAUCUCCCUUUUUUUUUCUUUUUUCCUCUCCAUCUUGUUAUUAGCAACAGGGAAAUGCAAACCCUUUUGCUCUCAAAGUUUUUGUCAAGUUUCUGUAAUCAUACAUAAUGGCUGCUCAGUUUUAAGAAUAUAAAUAUUGUUGUGAGCUGAAUUAAAUCCUGUUACUGGAAGAGUUGAACAACUAAAAAUGCACUGAUUUUCAUAAA